CUACACAAGAUUUUCUGAGUCGUGUCUGCAUUCCGAACCUUACGCUCAAUCAAAAACAGAGACAACAACCAACAUUUUUGGUUCACUUAUUAGUACAGAGUUCGCGAUGACAACAGUAGCCUCCGGCUUCGUAUCAUUUUCGCCUGCGCUGUAUCUGAAUGCAUUUUUUCAGGCCAAAUCUCGACGGUCCUGUCGCAACAUUCGAACUCGGUCUGCAUGUCUUCCUGUAGUUUCCUCAUCGUUAACCCAAGUCGAAGUAGACACAGCAACAACAAGCCUCUAUUCAAGUAUUAUCUCGUCAAAACCGAUCUCGGAGGCCUUGCAUAACAUAUCUCUAGCAGAUCUGGAUCCAGGAACUGCAAAGCUUGCGAUUGGGAUCUUGGGUCCUGCCUUAUCAGCUUUUGGGUUUCUCUUUAUUUUGAGGAUUGUUAUGUCUUGGUACCCGAAGCUUCCCGUUGACAAGUUCCCUUACGUUUUGGCGUACGCUCCUACCGAACCAAUCCUUGUUCAGACGAGGAAAGUGAUUCCGCCACUUGCAGGAGUCGAUGUAACUCCAGUGGUUUGGUUCGGGCUUGUGAGUUUCCUUAGUGAGAUUUUGGUUGGUCCACAGGGACUUCUCGUUCUUGUUUCUCAACAACAAAUUAGCUAGAAUCUGAGGGUCAUACUCCGUAAUAUUGUUUCUGUACGCUCUUUUGGCCUCUGUUGAUGGUAUCUCUUUGUGUAUGUGCUGCUCAGUACUCUUUGAACUCUGGGCAUCGAUAUUUUGAGAUUUUGGUGCA